AUGGAUUACAGGCGCAUCGUCACGCAGGUGUACGAGCUAGCGGAGUCGAGCACCGAUCCUCUGGGCCCGUUAGUAAGAGAGGCCCUACAGGUGAUUGAUGAGGGCAUAGAACGGCAUGGACAGGGAAACAUCGCGAUCAGCUUUAACGGUGGCAAAGACUGCACUGUUCUACUGCACCUCUAUGCAGGUGCACUGAUCCGAAGAUUACCGUCCUCAGAGGCCCCAAAACCCAUACCGUCAAUAUACAUUUCCGUCCCAUCGCCGUUUCCAGUUCUAGAGGACUUCAUAGUGGAAGCCGCCAAAGCGUACAACCUCGACCUCUUCCACUGUCACCCCACAUUGACGGAUUCUGAGCCAACGGACUACGUCAGUGCCGCUGUACCUCCGCCGAAGGCGGUGGGGAAGGCGCGCGGCGGUGAGGGGAUGAAGAGGGCACUCGAGAUAUACAAGCAAAAGUUCCCCCAUAUCACUGGUAUUUUGAUAGGGACGCGGCGGUCAGACCCGCACGGAGCUAGGCUCUCGCAUCGGAAUAUGACGGACCCAGGCUGGCCACAAUUCGAACGCAUCAAUCCGAUAAUAAAUUGGGGCUACUCUGAUGUGUGGGAUUUCUUGCGUAGAUUAGAGGUUCCAUAUUGCCAGUUGUAUGAUCAAGGAUACACUUCGCUGGGUUCGACAUACAAUACUUUCCCCAAUCCUGCCCUUUUGAUGCAGCCGACAUGUUCUACUUCCCCAGAAUCGAGACCGGACGCACUACCGAACGGUACCUCUGACGGGGGUGAAGCAACGGAUUUGCUUCCUCCCACAUUAGUCGACGCUGAUGGCUUAGAGGGCUCGAAUUUAAAACCAGCAGGCCUUCCAGACAGAGAUGCGAUAACUCCAAGAUAUAGACCUGCGUUCGAAUUAGUCGACGAACAUCUUGAAAGGGCAGGUCGAGGCAUUGUGGACCCAAAUAUUCAGAUUGUAUCUACGAAGAGCGCAGCAUAG